AUGCUGCACUACUUUUCCGAGAAGGCCAAGGGGUUGGAAUUCACCCUCAACCACCUGGGUCGAUUGUAUCGUCCCCAGCUAUUUCGAGGGCUUAUCAAGCUGCAACAUCGAACAACGAAAGCCUUCUUUGCCAGUAAUGACGAAACCAAAGAUCGAGACUGGAUGAGCCGGUUCGUCAGAGUAAGGACUUCGGACGUCAUCCCCAGGGAUAAAAUGCCGUUCCCGGAGAGAUGGAACUUUAAUCCCACUGCCUGGGCACCUCAUGCGGUCCCCGACCUCGAGGAUUGGGUCCGAAAAUUAGCUACCACCUCAUCCUACGACGAGCGCAAAUGGCGUGAAUUAUCUAGGGGCAAGUGGGAGGCCAAACAUCAUGGCAUCGGAGACGUGUCUGAAAUGAGGCCGGCUCCGCCAGGGGAAAAGACUGCGCCCUCGAUUUCAAAAUCGGGGAAGGACAAUAAAAGGAAGAGGGCUUCGAAGCCCGAAGACUCUCAAGACAAGGUGGUGCCUGCCCGAAAGCCGAGGAGAAAACUCACUCGUGUGGACCCGGAUUCGGCCGUCCAAUACCCGGAGGAUGAAGAGAACGAUGGUGGAGAAUCAGCGCUCGUACCUCGAACUAGGAGACCAAUCGAGGCCGCCAAGCCCCCCGAACUAGAGACCACACCCCGUGAUGAGGGAACCCCUAAGAAAGAUUUGGGCAAGGCUCCCGUGCUCCCGGAGAUUGAGAUCUUUCCUCCGCCUUCAACAAUUAUACCCGAAGGGGAGAGUGCGGGAACCCUCGAAUCCAAUCAGAACGCCCUGAGUGAAGAUCUCGGGGCCAUGACAACAGGUCACUCCCUUUCUCUACCAUCUUAUUUCGAGGAGGCAAUCGAAGAUGCUAACGCUUUGCGUAUGCUCGAUCUGAGCAAGGUCCUCGAGGAAGACCCCUUUCAUGAUUGUUAUGCUGGGAUUGAGGAUACCAUCGACCUUAAUGAUGCAGCUACCAUCUUUGAAGAGUCUCAACGUCUCCUUUCUCAGGCCAUCAUCAAGUUUAGAGCCGAGCUGAGCCAAUGUGAAGCCGAGCUCAGGAAAGUCUCUGGCAAAGAAAAGGCCCUGAGGCUCCUCUGUAACCAAAGGGAAGAAGAGCUUAGGGACCUCCGGGCUGAAUUGGCCAAAGCUCAGAAAAACGAGGCCGAGCUAGAUAAGCAGGUAACUAUGAUAUUAACAGGGUACGGUCUUCUUGGCCCUACUUUGGAGGCUAACACUUCACUAUCUCAGCAACAGCAAAAGUUGGAGAUGAUUGGGCAGCUCCGGGGCGAAGUUGAUCAAGUUAAGGCCGAUUGGCAUAGGUGGAAAAAGAACAUGGAUCAGCUUGCUGCCGAUAAGGAAGUUGUUACAGUCCAACUGACCCCGGCCGAAACUCAACUCCGAGGUAUUAAAGCGAAAGGUCUGGCCCGGGCUAGGAAAAUCGAGGAGUUAGAUACGGAGCUUGCUGGAGCCCAGGCUGAAGCUGCACAAGCUAAGGCUGAAGUUGAGAAGACGAGGGCCACUGCUGAUAAGACCAUAGUCGUGUACUUAAGAGAUGCCGCAGCUAUUCAAGCGGAUCUAAGGGAGGCCUCCGACCAGGGAAGACGGAUCAAUGAUUUGUCCAAGUGGCAAGCCCAGAGGGAGACUCUCGAAGAAAUCCACGCCCCAGAUGACGAAGAUGUUGUGAGUGGCGAGGGCGGGGAAGGUGAGGAAGGUGUUCCCGAGGAGGAGGAGGCUCUCAAAAAUAUGACCUCCGAGGGUGCGAUUCCCGAGGAAGCUGCUUCCGAGGACGUAAUCCCAAAAUAG